UAACUAAAAAUUUGAAAAGCAGAGUAGGUAGGAAGUUUGACUUGUUAGACUCUCAACGCAGGCACGCAAUCACGACAUCACAGUGCCGCCAUCGAGGAUAUCCCAUCCGCCACAUCACUUUAUCGAUUCUAGUAAAGUGAAGUGAAGCACACCACUACAAUCAUCUAGGGUUUCUAUUCCACUGCCAUGGCCACCGCAAUUCGAACCUCCUUUUUCUCUCCCACCACCGCAACAGCCACAUGCUUUCCCUCUUUCCACAACCAACCCCUCAUCCGCUUCCAUUUCCCUCAUUCCUCUAAACCGCGCAAUAAUUUUUCCAUUUCUUCCUCCUCCCAAUCCCAAUCCCAAUUUCAAUCCCAACCGGAAGCUCCUCGCCGCCGUCCACCUUACAUCCCCAACCACAUCCCUGAUCCCUCCUACGUUCGCAUAUUCGACACCACCCUCCGUGACGGCGAACAAUCCCCCGGCGCUUCCAUGACUUCCAAGGAGAAACUCGACAUUGCUCGUCAGCUAACGAAACUCGGCGUUGACAUAAUUGAAGCCGGAUUCCCCGCUGCCUCUAAAGACGACUUCGAGGCCGUCAAAGUUAUUGCCACUGAAGUCGGAAACGACGUUGACGACAAUGGUUACGUUCCCGUUAUCUGUGGACUCUCUAGGUGCAACGAGAAGGACAUCCGAACUGCUUGGGAGGCUGUUAAAUACGCGAAGAGGCCAAGAAUUCACACUUUCAUUGCUACCAGUGCCAUUCACAUGGAGUACAAACUUAGAAUGUCCAAAGAAAAGGUCAUCGAAAAAGCCCGCAGUAUGGUCGCAUUUGCCCGCAGUUUAGGCUGCGAUGAUGUCGAAUUCAGUCCUGAAGAUGCUGGCAGGUCGGAUAGGGAAUUUCUCUAUCAAAUUCUUGGAGAAGUUAUUAAGGCUGGGGCUACUACGCUCAACAUACCUGACACUGUUGGUAUAACGAUGCCGAGUGAAUUUGGGAAACUGAUUGCUGAUAUAAAAGCUAAUACCCCUGGAGUUGAGAAUGUUAUUAUUUCCACCCACUGUCAGAAUGAUCUUGGUUUAUCUACUGCUAACACCAUAGAGGGUGCACGCGCUGGUGCUAGGCAGCUGGAAGUCACAAUUAAUGGGAUUGGUGAAAGGGCUGGAAAUGCCUCGUUGGAAGAGGUUGUGAUGGCCCUGAAAUGUGGAGGACAUGUCUUUGACAAUCUGUUCACUGGAAUUAAUACAAGGCACAUUUAUAUGACAAGCAGGAUGGUUGAAGAGUACUCAGGUUUGCAGUUACAGCCACACAAGGCUCUUGUUGGAGCUAAUGCAUUUGCUCAUGAAAGUGGCAUACAUCAGGAUGGAAUGCUUAAACACAAAAAUACAUACGAAAUCAUAUCUCCUGAGGACAUUGGGCUUGAAAGAUCCAAUGAAGCCGGUAUUGUGUUGGGGAAGCUUAGUGGACGCCAUGCUUUGAGAAAGCGACUAGAAGAGCUUGGUUAUGAACUUAAAGACGACCAAGUUGAGAGUUUAUUUUGGCGUUUCAAAGCAGUGGCUGAGCAAAAGAAGAGGAUUACUGAUGCUGAUCUCAGAGCAUUGGUGUCGGAUGAAGUUUUUCAGGCAGAGCCUAUUUGGAAGCUUGGUGAUUUGCAGGUGACUUGUGGAACUCUUGGUCUUUCAACAGCAACCGUUAAACUAGUGGGUGAUGAUGGUAGCACAUGCGUUGCUUGUUCUGUUGGUACAGGGCCUGUGGAUUCAGCAUACAAAGCUAUUGAUCUGAUUGUUAAGGAACCAGUAACUCUUCUUGAGUACUCAAUGAAUGCAGUUACUGAAGGCAUUGAUGCAAUUGCCACUACCCGAGUUGUAAUUCGCGGGGACCAGAAGCAUAAAUCUACUCAUGCUUUAACUGGAGAAAGAGUUCAACGAACUUUCAGGUAUGGUGAAUUCUGAAGCGGAUUACUGCAA